UCCUAGUUGGAGGUGGCCUGCGGCCCUCGGUUCCCUCAGCUCCCGUAGCUCUGGCGGAGUCUGCGCGAUGGGUGACCCGGAAAGGCCGGAAGCGGCCUGGCCCGAGCAGGAUGAGAGGUUAUCUUCAGAUACCAACGAAAAUGAAGCCAAGUCAGAUGAAGAGCCACUCCUGAGAAAGAGUUCUCGCCGAUUUGUCAUCUUUCCCAUCCAGUACCCCGAUAUUUGGAAAAUGUAUAAACAGGCACAGGCAUCCUUCUGGACAGCAGAAGAGGUUGACUUAUCAAAGGAUCUCCCUCACUGGAACAAGCUUACAUCAGAUGAGAAGUAUUUUAUCUCUCACGUCUUAGCCUUUUUUGCAGCCAGUGAUGGAAUUGUGAAUGAAAAUUUGGUGGAGCGCUUUAGUCAGGAGGUGCAGGUUCCAGAAGCUCGCUGUUUCUAUGGCUUUCAAAUUCUCAUCGAGAAUGUUCACUCAGAGAUGUACAGUUUGCUAAUAGACACUUACAUCAGAGAUCCCAAGAAAAGGGAAUUUUUAUUUAAUGCAAUUGAAACAAUGCCAUAUGUUAAGAAGAAAGCAGAUUGGGCCUUGCAAUGGAUAGCAGAUAGGAAGUCUACUUUUGGGGAAAGGGUGGUGGCCUUUGCUGCUGUAGAAGGAAUUUUCUUCUCGGGAUCCUUUGCUGCUAUAUUCUGGCUAAAGAAAAGAGGUCUUAUGCCUGGACUCACUUUUUCUAAUGAACUCAUCAGCAGAGAUGAAGGCCUUCACUGUGACUUUGCUUGCCUGAUGUUUCAAUACCUAGUAAAUAAGCCUUCAGAAGAAAGAGUCAGGGAGAUCAUUGUUAAUGCUGUUGAAAUUGAGCAGGAGUUUUUAACAGAAGCCUUGCCAGUUGACCUCAUUGGAAUGAAUCGUGUUUUGAUGAAACAGUAUAUUGAGUUUGUAGCUGACAGAUUACUUGUGGAACUUGGGUUCUCAAAGGUUUUUCAGGCAGAAAAUCCCUUUGAUUUUAUGGAAAACAUUUCUUUAGAAGGGAAAACAAAUUUCUUUGAGAAACGAGUUUCAGAGUACCAGCGUUUUGCAGUUAUGGCGGAAACCACAGAUCACGUCUUCACCUUGGAUGCAGAUUUUUAAAACCCUCCCCAUAUCUAAACCUGUCAUUGGUAAAUAGCGGUCUAUUUUUCUCUGCUUUAAAAAAAAAACUUUAAGUAUCUCCUUUAGGGAAUAAGAGUUGGCUCAAAAGGAAUCCAAAACCCAAUUGCAAUCAAGUUGGAUUUAUAUAAAUACACUGUAAUUUUCCUGACAACCAGAGUGUGACCUAAAUGCUUUUGUUUUGUCACUAAAAUAUAAGAUGGCAUUAUGUAGUGGUUAACAGCAUGGGGCGAGGGGUCAGAUAGGAGUUUGAGAAGCUGUCCUUACUACUUUGUGUGACCCUUGGCAAGUCAGUUAAUCUCUCUAAACCUCAGUGUACUUAUCUUUAAAACGAGUGUAGCAGUAGGUCCUAAAUUCAUAGAGUGGAUACAAGGGUUAAGGCACAAAAUAAGUGCUUGGCCAAUACUACCACCACCACCACCACUACUGUGACUACUUAUUAUUAUCAUUAUUAUUGUUGUUUUAAUUACACUGAUGUUGUGAUACGAUGCUCCCAUCUCCUCAAAGUAAUUUGGAUUCUAGGUCCUAAGAUCUAGGAUUAGAUCUUUGUGUGUUUAAUGUUUGAGGAAGAAUAUAAAGAUUUCCUAAAAAAUAUUAUAAUUCUCAUUAACUCGAGAAGAACUUCUUUGAAUUCUUCGGUAUGUGUGAAGGAAAUUUAGUUCUUAGUUGCUUUGGGCAACAUACUUAUGGAGUGGAAUUCAGGAGGUUAUCAUGGUAGUUGUAAGCAAAAGGAUUUUCUGCUCCUUCUAAAGUUAAAAAGGUAACUAUUGCCAGACAUAGCCCUAGAAUGUUUAAAACCAGAGUGAAUUAGUUAGAAUAGCAUUUCCCAAAGAGUAUUCCAAGAGCUGUCAGCCCCUCUAGAUAUUUGUGGGAAAAAAAAGGGAUUCUGUGGUCAAAUGAGUUUGGGAAAUGCUGUACACUCCAUUUCUCUUUAGAAUGUACAGUCAGUACAUCGCAGACUGAGAAAUUCUGCAGUAUGUAAACUUAUUUCUCAUUGCAUAGUCCAAACUUACUUAACACAGAUCUGUUUUUCACCUCUCAACAUCUCACCUAACUAGUGUUCCUCAGAACAUAGUUUGGAAAAAGCUGCCCUAGAACCAUUUUAUACAUAGAAGAAGGGCUGUGGAUGAAGCUAGGGAGAACCUGGUUGGGAUUAUUGAACCAUUUCAAAUUUGUGCCAAGCUGUGUAAUGUACCUGUGAUUGACCUCAGCUGUUUUUCUUUAAUAUUCUUAAAACUCUUUUAUGCCAUUAUUGAAAUAUAGUUCUUUUCAUGGAACUGUGCCUGUUGCAUGAUAGCAGAUGGUGAGGGAGACGGAGGUCUCUGUGGAGGAGCUUGAGGAAAAGCCAGGAGCCAAGGUCUCUGAGAAGUCUGCCCCUCUGUGUCAUUAGGAAGUGUCAAGAGGUAGCCUGAGCUCCAGCAAGCAGUGGUUCCCCACUCACAACAAACUGCUUUAUAAAAUUCUGGAAGCUAAAAAUUAGAAAUUUUCUCUUUGCAUAAAUUUUUGCUCUAUUCAUGCCACAACUAUCUAAUUGAUUAAAAUUGGGAGUUUUCAAGUGAAUGCAAAAGUAGCAGACCAUAACUUUAUUUUUUAGAGAGAAUAUCAGAAACCUGAGAUAUUUUGGCCUACGAUAAUACCAUUUAUUUGUUCAGUGCUUCAUAGUUUACCAAGUGUUUUUACAUCUCCUCAUUUGAUCUCCCAGCUACCUUAGGAGCUUGACAGAGCAGCUAGUAUUGGAAUUUUACUGAUGGAGACAAUGAGGCUCAGAGAAAUUAAAUGGCUUGGCCAAGAUCUGCUCUUAGUCACCACAAUGUAAUUUUUUUUUCUUGGGGGUUAUCAUAUUUCUUGUAUUUAGUCCUUUGCCAUCCAUCUUGAUUUGAUUUUGCCUGUUUCCUCAUUAAAGUAUCACAUACUUUACCUUAAUUAAAGUAUUAAAGUAUAAAUAUUUUAACUAUAUUCAGGUAAUAUGUUCUAAGAUAUUUAUCUACUGCCAUACAAAAACUUAACAUUAAAAUUGAUAAUAUCUGGGCCGGCCCCGUGGCUUGGCGGUUGGGUGCACGCGCUCCGCUGCUGGUGGCCCAGGUUUGGAUCCCGGGCGCACACCGACGCACCGCUUCUCUGGCCAUGCUGAGGCCGCGUCCCACAUACAGCAACUAGAGGGAUGUGCAGCUAUGAUAGACAACUAUCUACUGGGGCUUUGGGGGAGCAUAAAUAAAUAAAUAAAUAAAAAUUAAAAGAAAAAAAUUGAUAAUAUCUAAUGACAUCAGAGUGAAAGAAAAACAGUUUAACAGUUCAUAUUUCCUUUGUUUAGAAUCCAAAUCUUUCUGAUAGGUAAUGACAGGUGCCUUAAUAUGAAGCUUCUAUAUAGUAGCAAUAAACCUAACUAUAUUGAGAUGAAGAAGUUUUAAUAUCGAAAUACUGGAUUUUUAAUACACUGGUUUAUUCUAUUCAAUGUUCUAUACCCUUUUCCAGGCGUCUAGGUUGCAUAUUUAUUUAUUAUGUUUAGUAUUUUGGUUCUUAGUUCUUAAGGAAUGGAGAAGUUGUAGAAUUUCUUUUUAAUGUUAUCUUGCAGGUAAAGAAAAAAAUUCAGAGUAUGUUUACAAUUUUUUUUUAAUGUAUUUAAAUCAUUGCUAUAGUAGUUAAAGUUAAGUUCAUUCUUUCGGAAUCUAAAAACUUGUAGUGCUAUGAUAGAUUGCAUUUAUUAAAAAUGUUUCAUUGUAGUGUGUAGUAUCAUGGCUUGGAAGUACUUGGGAAGACAGUUUGACCCAGUGCUUUCAGACAGGGCUGUUUUGCUGUCCAAUUAUAUACAACAAUAAACAAUUAUUCUAACAACAUAAGCUUAUCCCAGUCAUGUCUUGAUAUAUGAAUUUUUUACAGUUGUCUAAUUUUGGAACAUCCAAAUUUUUCUGCUUCUUUGGCCGUUUUAUUUUUCAUUUGUUCAUGAAAAAAUAAUUGAGAAAACAUAGCAGCUUGCAUAUAUAAAAAAUAAAUUAUUUAAUAUUCAGAAUUUUGCAUUUUACUUUUAAAUAUGCUACCAUCACUGUCAUAGAAUUCCCAAAUUGCAUUUGUGCAGAUUAAACUGAGGGCUAAAUGUCACUAACUGAUUUUCAGUGAUAAAGAAAGCUGCUGAUGGGCUGCAGUAAAGGCAGUUUAGUCCUGUAAUCAGGUAUUAUGUUUCUGAACUGAGUUGAGUGAAUUGGUAGGCAGCUCAGGAAAUCUUCCCCAGCAGAAUCUGCGUGAGUGGCACAGAAGUGAAAUCUGUAUAUCUUUGUUUUAAAUGGUUUGCUCCUUUUUAGACAGCUACAGGUUUGAAGGAAAGUCUGAUAUUCCUGAGGCCUUAGAAAGAAAGGAUUUGAGCCUUCAAAUUUGGGGCUUAAUUCAGUUAAAGAAAAUAUCAGUGAAAAUGGAAAGCUGGAGAAUGACUUUUUUUUUGUACAGAUAAAAAUAUAAGAAAUCAGCCUUUUUCUGACGAAGUUCACGAUAUUCUUAACUUAUGCAUUUGAUUCUGUUUUGCAACUGUGUUUUGAUUUUUCUAAUUUCUGGUCAUGUAGCAAGUUAUUUGAUAUCUACUGUGUAUAGAGAGAGCUUUACUAGGUGUGGUGUACUUAAAUAUUUUUUGCUAAAACACAUUAUGGUCAAUUAAGCCACCCCUGCAUAUAUAGGAUUUGGGUUUUUUCCCUCAAAGAAAUGUUAUUUAUUUUGGCUUAAUAUGUUAAAAUAAACUGUAUCAUAGCUACA